AUGGAAAAUUGGAGUGAAAUAAUAGAUAAUGAAAUCAAUAGUAAUGGAUGGGAAAUAUUUCCUAAUGUUCAAGGAUGUAAAGAGGCAAGGUAUAAAAGUACUGAGACUACUGUAGUUGAUGUUCAAUUUUCUAUGACUUUAAAAGGAUGUAGUAUAUAUACUUUUUUAAAUAAUCCAAUAAUAAUCACAAAAUGGUAUCCAUUUCUUCAUAGUGUAGAAAAAAAAGGUGAAGAAUAUAUUGGGAUGAUAUUAAGUCCAUUAGCACAAACAUUUGUACCAUAUAAAUUUAAUUUCUUUACAUCAGUUAAUAAUACAUCAUUUACUGUAAUACUUCAAGGUAUUCCAAAAAUAUUAAUAAUUUUAAAAGAAAUGGGAAAUGAAUGUAUUGCUCAUAUUUUGUAUUACCUAAAUGCCCAACCAAUUCAAUUACUAUCUUCAUGUUUAUUAAUUUUUAAAUGUUUGUCUGAAGCUCUUUCAGGAAUUGAAGAAUAUAGAAUAUUAGUAUCAAUGGAACAUGCUUGUUAUCCUCGUUAUACCUCACCUCCAUUAAGUCGUUAUAUUCAUGAAAGCCAUCGUGUAAGAAUAACUGCUAAUGAAGAAGGAGAUAAAAUGUUUAUUCAAGCAGAUAUUAAAGUACCUUUACGUCCACAAACAUUUUAUGAUCUUGUUUCAACAAAAAAUGGAUUAAUGAGUAUUAUAUCAGAAAAUAUAGGAAUUAAAGAUGGUCCUAUUCUUUCUUAUAGACAUCUUCAAUUUAGUCCAUUAGUACAACCACUUAUUUCAAUGGAUAUAAUACAAGGUUCCCGUAUUACGCCUGAUUGGAUGGCUUUAAUAUUUAAAACAAUCCAAUAUCCUGGUUGUCUUCAUGAACAUCAUAACUUAAUAGAAUUUAAAGAAAGUGUUAUUUCUUUUAGGCAUUGUGAUGAUGAUGAUACCAGGGUACGUUUUAGCAUUCUUUUAAAUCUUCCAAUCAUACACUCUUUUCCAAUUCCUUUAAGAGAAAAGUUUUUAUCAAAUUUAGUUGCACCAAUAUUAUAUUAUUUUGCUACAAUUGCUUCUCCAUCUUUGUUAACACCUCCAAAAGUCUCUCCACCAGACCCUAAUUUACCUGAAAUGAUUACAAUUGAAAGUAUGUCUUCGUUAUUACUUAAUGCAAUUACUUUAUCUAAAACAAAACAAAAACAAAUAACAACAUUAACUUCAUUACCUGAUUCUAUUCUUUUAAAGAUUUUCAGCUACCUUAGAAUAGAUUCUAUUCGUAAUGUACAACUAUUAUGCAAAUCUUUUUUCUCUCUUAUAAAUGGUAGUUUAGCAGUAGAAACAUGGAAAGGAAUUUACCACUCAACUUGUUAUUAUAAUGGCCGUUUACACCCAGAAGAAACUAAAGAAAAUUUAAUGAAUGUUGCAAAGAUUCAAGCCUUAUGGAGAACAACAGAAUUUAAACCAACAGUUCAGCAGUUUGGAAAUAAAACAAUCACUGCCAUUGAUGUUAAUGGUUCUAUCUUUGUUGGAAAUGAAGAUGGAGAAAGCCAAGAAAUUACAAAAGAAAAAUAUACACAAAAGAAAUAUAAAAAGUCAUUAUCUUCAGUUUGUGGGAUCAAACGAAUUGGAAGAACAACCUACAUUGGAUAUGGAGAUGGAAAAAUCUCAAUUAUUGAUGAAAAUAAAGAAAACACUAAAAUAGUAAAAAGUUAUACUAAAAUGGAUUUUUCAUUAGAUGGUAGAUAUUGUUAUGGAUGGGGUAAAUCAAUUUCUAUUAUUGAACUAGAGUCUGGUAGUAUUGUUAAUGAAUAUAAACCACAUAUGGCAACUAUUACACAAGUUAAAGAAAUGAAAAAUUUAUUAAUUUCAAGUAGUUUAGACAAAACUAUUAAAGUUUUUGAUAGAAGAAGUAAUGCCAUAACUAUGGACUUAAAAGGCCAUAGCAAUGCAGUUAAAGGGUUUGACGUUACUGGAGAAUGGCAAAUUAUUUCUUGUGGAGAUGAAAAGGCUUCCAUUGCUUGGGAUAUUAGAACAGGAAAAAUGUUAUGCAAAUCUGAUCUUGCUGUUAUUCCAACUUGUAUGGCAACAUUUAAUAAAAAAGUUAUUUGUUGUGGUACUAAUGGUCAAAUCGUAUUACAAUGGAAUAAAAUAACUUUAGGUGACAGAAGGUACAUAUUUAAAAUUCCUAAUAUUCCUACAUCAGUAUCUCUUGAUGAUGGCAUUGUUGCUGUUGGUACAAAUAAUGGGCUAAUCUAUUUAGCCUCUAUUUAA